CACACACACACACAUGGUAUCAGCACGGACUGCAGUAAAUAUGAUUCACUCGAAUCAGUCCAUACACUCCAUCUUCUGCUGCUGCUGCUGCGCUUUACAGACCAGCAGCACGCAUGUGGAUAUGAACAACAGAUAUCCAGGAUCCGUCUAUACGGCUCAGAUUUCUCAGAAGAAGCUUCCUCGCUCUCCUCCUGAUGAUGAUGAUAAUGGUGUGAUGAAGGUGGUAGCCAUGUAUGACUUCACAGCCAGAGAGAGUUCAGACCUGACGCUGCACCGCGGAGAAACAUACAUCAUCCUCCAUAAACAAGACCAGCUGUGGUGGAGAGCCAAAGACAGGCACGGGAACAAGGGCUUCAUUCCCAGUAACUAUGUCACCGAAACUGGAACAAUAGAAGCCAAUGACUGGUACUGCAAGAACAUCAACAGAGCUGAAGCAGAGCAUCUUCUGAGACAAGAGGGGAAGGAUGGAGGGUUUGUGGUCAGGAGCUCCAGUCAGCCCAGCACAUACACAGUGUCUGUUUACACACACUGUUCAGGUAAAGGUGAGGUGAGGCAUUAUCAGAUCAAGCGGACAGACGAGGAUAAGUUCUACCUGGCAGAGAACCACGUCUUCAUCUCCAUUCCUGAGCUCAUCAACUACCACAAGUACAACGCAGCAGGUCUAGUGGCCAGACUGCGCUAUCCCAUCGGGCCGAAGGGCAAAUGCCAACCAGCUACAGCGGGAUUCAGUUCAGAUAAAAUGGAGAUCAACCCAUCGGAGCUGACUUUCAUGAAGGAGCUGGGUUCUGGUCAGUUUGGAGUGGUGCGACUGGGUAAAUGGAGAGCGCAGCAUAAAGUGGCCAUUAAAACCAUCCGGGAAGGAGCCAUGAAUGAGGAUGAUUUCAUUGAGGAAGCAAAAAUCAUGACGCGUCUCUGUCACCCUAAGCUGGUGCAGCUGUACGGUGUGUGUGUGACCCAACGCCCCAUCUGCAUCGUGACCGAGUUCAUGGAGAACGGCUGCUUGCUUCACUUCCUGCGGCAGCACAGCAAGACUCUGGGACGCUCGCAGAUGCUGUGCAUGUGUCAGGAUGUGUGUGAAGGGAUGGAGUACCUGGAACACAACCAGUUCAUACACCGAGACCUGGCUGCACGGAACUGUCUGGUUAAUGAGAGGAAUGUGGUGAAGGUGUGUGACUUUGGCAUGACCAGGUAUGUUUUGGAUAAUCAGUACACCAGCUCUAUGGGCUCCAGGUUCCCUGUUAAAUGGUCCCCGCCAGAAGUUCUGCACUUCAACAAGUUCAGCAACAAGUCAGACGUGUGGUCAUUCGGUGUGCUGAUGUGGGAGGUGUUCUCGGAGGGAAAGACGCCGUUUGAUAACCGCACUAAUGUGGAGGUGGUGGAGGAGGUGACGCAGGGCAGCCGACUGUACAGACCGCACCUUGCUACACCACACAUCUACAACAUCAUGUACCGCUGCUGGCACGAGCACACAAAAACACUCAGUGUUUCUCUCAUGUAUUCCAGUUCAAAUAUUUAAAGUAGGGUCGCAUCAAACGGGGAAAAUGUGCAAUGUCGUUGAUUAUUGCAAUAAAAAUUAUAACAAUAUAACAUUUCCUUAAAGGUGGCAUGGUGGCUCAGUGGUUAU